AUGACUGUACCGAACGAGAGUUUUAUCGAGUUAGUCGACGAGUUCGACGACACGUUCGCCCAACUUACUUAUGGAAGUAAAGUACUUUAUAGAGAUCCAUGGUUGAAAAAAGUUUCUUCCAACGUCGUCGACUAUGAGCUGCGAGAUAAGAGGAAAAAUUUGUCGAAAUUGUCGAUCGUGCCCACUACGAGUCGUUUUUUAUUUCAAUUGCGAGGAAAUAAAUUAAAGAGGACGCAAUCGAAAUGUCUCUUAUGUCUAUAUACACAGAUACCAGUAUAUCAAAACACGUAUCGCCUGGAACCCUUCAGAUCUUUUAGUGCCAAUACGGUCGACAAUAUUAUUUCUGCCGUGAUGGAAAGUAAAUUAUCGCUCCUCUCGGUCUACCAUCCGGAUAAUGCAUCCAAGUUAUCUAUGGAGAUUUCCAACGACGUCUACAGAGCGAUCAACAAGAAAGAUUACGAUAGAUGUAAAAUAGUGGUACAAGUGACUAUCGUGCAACGUAUGUGGCAAAGCGUACAUUCCGCCUUUCAGUGCCUCUGGGACGCGGAACGUGACAAUUACUCGUACUACGUUUUCGAAAAUGCUCACAUAUACGCGUGGUGCUGCGUGUUCGGUCUUUACUACGAAUGAAAACGAAAUUUCCUGUCUCUCUCUCUCUCUCUCUCUCUCUCUCCCUUCUCUCUCCCUCCUCCUUCCCUUUCCACCCCUCCCCUCUCUUUCUACGUCUCUUUCUCUCUUCCUCUCCGUGUAUUUCUCCAGUUUCAACCUUUGCGACGACCCGUAAAGACCGCCUGAUAUUACCGAGCAACGAAGAGCAGGUGUCCCUUUGUCCUUUUCCGCGCACGACUCGCAUAUUUUCCUGUUAUGUUUAUUAUUGCGCGAGCAAGAUCGACGAAAGACGCCACGUACUUUCGUUCUUGAUAUACGCGUUCGCAAAAUCGACGUCCGAUCGUUUAAAAGUUACUCCCGAAAACUAUUUCGUACGUUGCUCUCUUUUCCUCGGCGAUAUUUCCCAGUGACAUUAUUCCCUUAUGUCCGAAAUACAAUGAACCCCCGUUGAAGUCUCGAUCGAUUAUACCUAUGAAGUAACUAAUAUUAAUAUUUAUUAGUUUCGUAACUUUCCGUACUAGCUCCGAACGCCGUUGGCGACGUGACCGAGCCAUAUACCUCCCUUUCGGACUCUUCGACGAAUGAUUUAUCGAAAAACUUUCAGCUCUGGCUCGUCUUCUCCUCGUCGGAAUAAUAGUCGGCGAUUUAAAGUUUUGGAAACACGCCCGAUAUUUUUAUAGAUAUUCAUCGGAGUUAUCGGGACACGACAUGCUAGACCGGAGAAUAAUGGAAACGUGGCUGCUAUGAGCUAAACGAGAAACGAGCCGAUCUCUAUUACCCUGAAAAUGAUAGCGAUUCGAUGAGAGCUACUGGAAGAAGAAAAAAAAAAAAGCAAGAAAAAAUAGAAAUCCCUUUUUUCCUUUCCUUUCCUUUACUUUCCUCGCACGUACGUUUAUCCAAGAAUCUUGGAAUAUUAUUUCGAGUUACCUAAGAGUUUAACUUUCUUCGACAAAAAGUGACGAGGAGAGACGAUAAGGAGAAUAUGACUAGGCGACGAGAAAAUUUUACUUCAUAGAACGAAUAAUAUUUCAUCUUUUUGUUCUUUCUUUUUCUCUUUUCUUUUCUUUCUUUCUUUUUUCUUUUCUUUUUUUCUUUUUUUCUUUGGCACGGACGAGGAUUACUUAAAGCGACUCUCGUGGAUGAGUAAGAAUACGAAGAAGAACGGUACAAAAACUCGAGACAAUAUCGAUGUUUUCUUUCUCAUCGAAAAAGACGCGAGAACGAUGAUAAGCAAUCGAUAUUUAAUUAACGGCUCUAAAAGUACAAGUUUCUUCUUUUAGCGUCGUCGUAUCAAAAUUGUUUAUCGAUAAAAUAUUGCGAUUUAUAAGGCGGAUAUUCGAGUAGAAAAAUGUUUUGAAAUGACAUUCGCCGUCAAUAAGAAACGGAAAUCAGACGUCGAAUCAAACGUACGAAAUAUAUAAUCUCGAUAGGACGUGCGGGCAACUACAUAUACGCAAUCGUUUUGAUGGACGAUGCAUCAAAACGCACUGGUCGAACUGAAUUUUAAUCUAUCUCCGUACGACUCGACGUUAUUUCGCGAACGUUUUAUCCCCGCUCUCUCUCUCUCUCUCUCUCUUUUUGUAAAAUAAAAUCAAUGAAAAAGAAAAAAAAAUAAUAAAUAAACAGAUAAAAAGUGCAAAUGUAAAAGUAGGAAACAACGAUCAAAUCGUGUGUCAUUUCGUAAAGAGCAGUGGAGAGAGAGAGAGAGAGAGAGAGAGACAGACAGACAGACAGACAGAAAGAGAGAGAGAGAGAGAGGGAGAAAGAGCAACCAAUGCUGGGUGCAUUUCGAUCACGUUGAUAAAAGCAAAGCGUGAGAGUCCGUUUGAACGGUCAGACGAAUUAACGGAGAUUGUGUCGGCGAUAAUAUCAGCGCUGUCAUUGACUCUACCCGAGGUCAUAGAUUUUUCGAUAAUGCGAUUACAAGAAAUAUAAGCCGCGCCUUAAUGACCUGGCUGGAAAUUAGGGGAAAAUGUGUGGCGGCUCGCUCGUAAAAUUAAUGGUGCAAUUUCGACGUCGUACCAUGCGGUGACAAUAUGGGCGAAAGCCAUCCUGCUAUCUGCCAUGUUCUUCGCGAUGCCCGCCAGGAAAUCGCAAGCUACGCCGCCAACCCAAAUAUUUACGGGCGCGAUCGUUGAGUUGUUCAUAGACAAAGUUCGUCCUUUGCUUACGAUUCUACGCUCGAACUUUCUUCAAAGCUUCGAAAACGGCUGGGAAACAAUGGUCUACUCUCUCUCUCUCUCUCUCUCUCUCUCCCUCCCUUCCCACCGAUUCUCUCAUCACCGUACGUUCUUACCAAUUACCGUACGUUAUCUGUACGAGUUUCCCGAAACGGUAAUACGUUUACCGUCGAUGUUGUGAGUUAAGUAUCGUUGAUUAAAUUCCUUGCUAUUCUACGUGAAUUCUCAGAAAGACAAAGCUCGAUCGACGAAAAUAUUUAUAUGUACUUUAAAUGACUUAUUAAAGAAGAUCACGAGCGAGCUAAGACGAUUGUCAAUUAAUCUUUGUCACGCAUCGCCAUUUGCAUCCUCAAAGUUAAAUCCCAAUUUGUCCCGAUUUGUUCUGAUUUGACAAGCAGAAAUCCGUGAUAUUUACUUAAACGAUUUUUAUCUGUUCGAUAUUUCAUCGUUAUUUUGGUCGAAAUAAUUCAUCCGAAUCAAACAAUAUAUCUAUUUGGAAGACGAAACGAUAAGCCGUACGUUGUCAUGGAUUUAGACGAUGCAUAAUAUUGUUAUUGUUACAUUUACGUUAUAUUAAU